UCGUCGCCGCCAUUUUUGUUGUUGUGAAGUGCGAGGAGAUUUGCCUUCGCACAGGUCCGCAGAACAAAUCCGCUUCGUUUUUUUUUGCUUCAGUUUUAAACUUCUAUUUUCGCCGUUUGUGUCUUAAAACUUCGCGUGAGCGAGUGUGACACACCGAGGAGGCGGAAUGGCGCAGUACAAAGGAGCCGCCAGCGAGGCGGGCAGAGCCAUGCAGCUGAUGAAGAAACGAGAAAAAGAACGAGAGCAACUCGAACAGCUGAAGCAGAAGAUUGCUGAGGACAACAUGGUCAAGUCCAACAUCGACAAGAAGUUCUCAGCCCACUAUGAUGCCGUGGAGGCAGAGCUCAAGUCCAGCACGGUUGGUCUGGUGACACUGAAUGACAUGAAGGCCAAGCAGGAGGCGCUGGUGAAGGAGCGAGAGAAGCAGCUGGCCAAGAAGGAGCAGUCCAAGGAGCUCAUGCUCAAACUAGAGAAGCAGAAAGAGAAGAAGAGGAAGGAGGAGCAGAAGAGGAAAAUAGCCAGUUUGUCCUUCAAUCCUGAAGACGAAGGAGAAGAGGAAGAGGAAACUGAGGAUGAGGAUCAGGACUAUCUUCCAGCUAAGAAGAAGCUGGGGAAAAAUCCAGACGUGGACACAAGUUUCCUUCCUGAUCGAGACAGAGAGGAGGAAGAGAAUCGUCUCCGAGAGGAACUCCGGCAGGAGUGGGAGCUCAAACAGGAGAAGAUUAAGAGUGAGGAGAUUGAGAUCACAUUCAGCUACUGGGAUGGCUCUGGGCAUCGUAAGACGGUCAAGAUGAAGAAGGGUAAUACCAUCCAGAACUUCCUGCAGAGGGCCCUGGAAGUCCUCAGGAAGGACUUCAGUGAGCUCAGGUCUGCUGGGGUCGAGCAGCUGAUGUACAUCAAAGAGGACCUGAUAAUCCCUCAUCACCACAGUUUUUAUGACUUCAUCGUGACCAAAGCCAGAGGCAAAUCCGGUCCUCUUUUCAGCUUUGACGUCCAUGACGAUAUUCGACUUGUGAACGACGCCACUGUAGAGAAAGAUGAGUCUCACGCAGGUAAAGUGGUGCUGCGGAGCUGGUACGAGAAGAACAAGCACAUCUUCCCUGCGAGUCGCUGGGAGCCAUAUGAUCCUGAGAAGAAAUGGGACAAAUACACGAUUCGAUGAAACGUCCCGUCUCCUCCCGUCUCUGGAAACCUUUUGUUGUUAAAGGGGCAG